AUGAAAAAUGCCAUUCCCCCAGUACCGGGAUAUGAUGGUGAAGCAACUGGCAAUAAUACGAUUGACGUUCCGGGAUCUGAUACGGGCGAACCAUCUAUAACUACAACCGCCACCACAUCUUCUAACAGUGCAACCUCUACUUCAUCUAUAGGCAGCACCACUUCGUCUACGGGAAGUGCAACUACAACAGUUUCCACGAGCAGCACUACCUCUUCUUCUCCUACCACUAGCAGCACAGCUCCUCCCGGUGCCGGUCCCGGGACAGGUACUUACAUUGGAUCGAAGAUAUUCACGAACACUUAUUUCGACCCAGCCCUCUGUGCCGCGUCCUGUGAUUCCCAAAAUCAGAAUAACCUAUCCCAUCCUCCUAGUCGAGGUCAACCUCAGAUUUGUCGUUUCUUCACGACGUACUUGCUAUACAAGAAUGGUCAACCCAUUGGCCAAUACUGCGCUCUUUAUACGCAAUAUUACUCGACCUCGUACGCUACCAACAGUGGUACACAGAGUGGAGGAGACACUUUAGAUGUUCGUCACGCCUAUUCAUACAGAAACACGAAGGUGUAG